AUGUUCAACGACGCAGUAAUUGCACCUCGUACAGUAAAGGCAGGACGUCAAGAAAUAAAUGCCAAAAGCUCAAGUGCUAUGUCAACAAUGACAAUUGAACAAGAUGGAAAAGAUCAAUUUGCUAUGCGCAUUAACCAAUGGGAAGCAAUGGCCGACGAAGAAGAGUCGAAAGAACAAGAUAUGAAUAAUGACUAUAAAGUUAAAGUCAAAUGUGGCAAAGGAACACUUGUUGUUGCAAUAUCGAAUAAGCGUGAUGGUUAA